UAUAUUGAUAGAAAAAACAUGUAAGGGUCCCAACUCUUUGUUGAACACAGAUCUUAUUUUUUGAUGGGGAAAAUACAUAGCUUUUCGAUCAAGGGAACCCAUGCGCCGCUAGCUUCUGAGUUGUCCUACAAAGUGACGUCAUCACUCCGGCACUCUAUUGAACCGAAAUGUUGCUAAUGUGACCACACCUAUUAUUAGCGGUCUGACCUGGUGUUAGCUGGAUUAGCUGGAUUUUAGCUUUUUUAGCUGGAUUAGCCUGACAAGCUAAGACCUUCCUGAUCAUCUAAAGAAGAGGGUAAAACCAGUCUGCUAAACCAGCUUCGACCGGGCUUGGACCAGGCAACUUCUCAGACUGCAACAUAGUUCGGCCCACAUCCGGCCCACAUCUGGUACACGCGCAAUGUUGCUUUCUGGGUUUGGCUGGUUUUACUUUUUUUUCUCACCAGGGAAGUGUUGAAAAGGCUGUAAAAUAUACUCAGAUUCAAAGCAAGGAAUACAUUUAAUUACAUUUAAAAAAAUAUAAUUAUAAUUAGACAACUUUGUGCUGUUGGUGGUAAACAUUUGGUGCUCGACCCCUAAAGAGCAUUCACAACCAUAGUGCAAUCUUACACAACACACGUUGCCAAUAGUCAAACCUAUAAACUGUCACAUACAUACAGACCCCCACGUCAAUCAUUAAACUCCUCAGAUUAGGGGAUCUUCAAAAACACCCUCUUCACAACAAGUUUAAGACAACAACAAAGUAGAAAUAGUAGAAAAACAUUGGCUACAGACAACAGCAGACCUGCUGCAAAGGUAACGUUUCAGUUCAGUAGAGUACGUUUGAUUUCGGCCCAUGACACAGUUGUUUGCCGGAGAACACUCCAAAGAUCUCUGCCAGGUUGACCAUUAACCCUGCCAUUGAUUACAGCUCUUUCCCCGGACCUCACCAGCUCUUCAUAUUCCACGGAUCCACACUCGUGAGUUCAUAGCCCUCAGAUGCUCCUGGUAACUGUGUCGAGCUGAAGAAGACCCUUACUUAUCAUUUUUUAAAAUUGUGCCAACCAUGGCGAAGAGCGGAUAUGGCUACUACCGAGCUACUAUAUUCCUGGCCAUGUUUGUGGGCUACACGCUGUAUUACUUUAACCGGAAGACAUUUUCCUUCGUGAUGCCCUCUGUAAUGCAGGAGAUCCCGCUGGAUAAGGAUGAUCUGGGUCUUAUCACUAGCAGUCAGUCGCUGGCCUACGCCAUUAGCAAGUUCAUAAGCGGAGUGCUGUCCGAUCAGAUGAGCGCACGAUGGCUUUUCUCUAUUGGGCUGUUUAUGGUUGGCGGCAUCAACGUGGUUUUCUCUCAGUCCUCCUCGGUGGUGGUGUUCUCAGGCCUGUGGUUUCUGAAUGGACUGGGUCAAGGUCUAGGAUGGCCACCGUGUGCAAAAGUACUACGCAAGUGGUUUGAGCCAUCUCAGUUUGGGACCUGGUGGGCAGUGCUGUCCUGUAGUAUGAAUUUGGCUGGUGGUUUGGGGCCCAUAAUUGCCACACUGAUGGCCCAAAGCUACAGCUGGAGGUCCACGCUGUCCAUCUCCGGCCUGACCUGUGUGGUCAUGUCCUUCUUCUGUCUGCUCAUUAUCCGAAAUGAGCCCAGUGAAGUCGGCCUGCCUAAUAUUGAAGCUGGUGCAAAGAAAGGCAAAGGAGGUUCCAGCAAAAAUGAAAGCACCUUCAAAGAGUUCAUCUUUUCUCCGUAUCUGUGGGUGUUAUCGUUGGGCUAUCUGGUGGUGUUUGGGGUGAAGACUGCUUACACUGACUGGGGACAACUUUUCCUCAUCCAGGACAUGGGCCAGUCAGCACUAAUGGGCAGUUCCUUUAUGAGUGCCCUGGAGAUGGGAGGACUGCUGGGUAGUUUAGCUGCAGGAUUCCUGUCAGACAGGGCCGUUUCAAAGCAUGGAUUGCGCCUGUAUGGAAACCCUCGCCAUGGGCUCUUGCUCUCCAUGAUGGCUGGGAUGUGUGUCUCCAUGUACCUCUUCCGGACUACUGUCACAGCACACAGCUCAAAUGUCUGGAUUCUUUUGUUGGGUGCUGCUUUUGGCUUUUCCUCCUAUGGACCGAUUGCCUUGUUUGGAGUUCUAGCCAAUGAAAGCGCUCCAUCGAACUACUGUGGAACCUCUCAUGCCAUCGUUGCCCUGAUGGCAAACGUUGGCGGUUUCCUGUCAGGGUUGCCAUUUGGCACCAUUGCUAAACACUAUAGCUGGAACACAGCAUUCUGGGUAGCAGAAGUAGCCUGUACGGUCACCACAGUUGGAUACUUCCUGCUCCGAAAUAUUCGCACAAAGAUGGGAAGCUUACCUAAGAAGGAUGACUAAACCAAGUAUUUUUAGAUACGGUAUAAAGGACACAAUUUCUGAAAAUGUCUAGGAUUUAACUUGUGUGUUUAUUAACAAUGGAUGAAUUCAAUGUGGAUAUCUAUUCCCAAGAUAUUACAUUAUAUUUUUACCAAUGUACAAAAUAGGAAACCAUGUGUCCCUUUCAGAAGCACAUUGUUAUUUAUUCUGUUCAUUUUGAAAACGGAUAACAGUAUUUUACAUUGUUCAUCACUUUACUUGCAUUGCAGAACUCACUAAUUAAUCGUUUUAUAGGGCACGUUAAAGCCAAUACUUUAGUAGUUGUAAAUGACUGCCAUUAAAUCUAAUAGAAUAACAUUUAUUUCUUGUACUUUUCAUCCGUUUCAGAGCUUUAACUGGUCCUACCUCUGUAUCUCUAGUAUUACAAAAUCAUGUAAUGUGUAUGAUGAAAUACGUGACCUAACUGUAAGUUAUAUCACGUGACUGUUCAAUGCACAAUGAAAUGAGUUUAUAUAAAUAAAAGAUUUAAAUAUUCAUGA